GUUUACAUCAGAGUUGUCAAAAAAAGUGCUUAAUUGAAAAAUUUUCCUUUUUCAUGUUUUUCCUGCCGUAAACACUCGAAAAAGUGUUGAAAAUCCGCGCAAUGGGACAAACCAAAAGCCAAUUUACUGACGAGGAACUCAACGAAUACGAGGACUUGACGUAUUUCACGAAAAAGGAGAUUUUAGUUGCACACAGAAAAUUCAAGGCCUUGGCACCCGAAAAAGUUAGUCACAAUAAAAAUGCAAAACUCAGCAUGAGCAAAAUUUUGCAGUAUCCCGAGCUGAAAGUUAAUCCUUUUGGCGAUCGAAUUUGCAAGGUCUUCAGUUCUGAUUACUCAGGAGACUGUACAUUUGAAGAUUUUCUCGAUAUGAUGUCAGUUUUCAGCGAAUCGAGCCCGAAAAGUGUGAAAGCAGAACAUGCCUUUCGAAUAUUCGACUUUGAUGGCGACGAUAUGCUCGGAGUGAAUGACUUGAAGAACGUCGUUGAGCGACUUGUGGGCAAUAAUGACCUCGGAUCGGAUGAAAUUAAGCUUUUGAUACAAAAUAUCUUGGAAGAGGCGGAUUUGGAUGACGAUGGAGCAUUAUCGUUCGCCGAAUUUGAACAUAUUAUCGAAAAAUCGUCGGAUUUUACAAACUCCUUCCGAAUAAGACUUUAAAGACGUUGAAACGAGUGAAAGACAAACCAAAGACAUUUCGAAUUCAAUCAUUUGAUAUUAUUAGGAUUACUUUACGCCGUAUUUAUUAAUAAAAAUUACUUGAAAAAGGACUUU